UCACUUUUAAUUUAUAAUUUGACACUUUUAGAUCUGUUGACUCGAUUCUUUCACUAUAUCUUUUUCCAUUAUGCGUAUUCACUUGAAGCUGCUAUAUUGGAAUCAUAUCUUAAUAUUUCAUGCCACCCUUGAUACAUCUAGUUUUAGUGAAUUUCUUACAAUAAGUAACUGUUUACAACUCCUUAUAUAUCAAGUUGGUCAAUAGAAAGUACAUUUAGAGCCCAACUGAAUAAUCAGUAACCUUCAACAUGUCUACAUUGAUAAAUUAUUUAAUUUUGACAGUGCUUCACCUUUUGCUUAUCUCAUUGAAUAAUUAUGUGUAUUGUGAUUGUAUCUUCAGAUCAACGUGUGAUGAUAUUCAAAACAAGUUUAUGUUAUCUCUCAAAAUCCCAUGUGUAUACAAUGGUGCUCCUCAGUUCAUCCCCAACGAGGCUACUUUACACUCGCUUCACGAGAUCUGCCCAUAUCUUGAUCAAGUGAAUAAUCCAACCCUAUGUUGUGAUCAGGAACAAAUCGAUAUUUUAAUAGACCAAUUGGCUCUGCCAAGAGGGAUGCUGGGUCGUUGUCCAUCAUGUUUCUACAAUUUUGCCAAUUUUUUGUGUCACAUGACAUGUUCACCCAAACAGUCGGAAUUUUUAAGACUUGAUGAGGCCAAACCAUCGGAAAAAUAUCCUGAAAAGCAACAAGUCUCUUGGAUCUCAUACGCAAUUGAGGAGGAAUUUGCUCAAACCUUGUUUAAUUCAUGUGUAAAUGUCUUGGCGCCAGGCGCUAAUUUUAAACCAGUCCAAUUAAUGUGCGACCAAUGGGGUGAUCAAUGUAAUGCUCAUCGACUUCUUGAAUCUAUUGGAAUGAAUGAUUCUUCGCCAUUCGGGAUAAAUUUUCAUUAUUUUCCUGAUUCAGUUGCAACAUCAAUCUCACCCCUUCAGCUUUCAUCAACUCAAUGUUUUGAGCGUCCUGGAGUUCCUAAUAAAACUGCCUGCUCAUGUUCAGAUUGUCCAACUGUUUGUAAACCUUUACCUCGGCCCGAAGCUCAUGAAAGAUUUUGCAUUUUGGGUACAGAUGGUAUGACCAUUGUAAUGUCCUGUGUGUUCAUAAUUACAACGACAGCAUUUACUAUUUAUUACACUUAUUAUCAACGAAAAACAAAUUUUAUCAAAGAUGAAACCAUGGUUAACUUGAAAUCAUCAACAGUGUCCAAUAAAGGAAUUGGCUCAAGAUUAGAAAAGUUUCUUGAACAUAGUUUCAGGCAAUGGGGAUACAUCGUUACAUCUAGACCCACUUUGACCAUAAUUAUUGGAGCUGUUUCGAUUUUAAUAACAGGUUUUGAAUUUGCUAACAUUUCUUCCAGAAUAACUUCAGAUCCAGUUGAAUUGUGGAGUUCACCCGAAAGUCAUGCUCGUCAAGAUAAAUUGUUUUUCGAUACAAAUUUCGGACCAUUUUAUCGAGUUAAUCAAUUGAUUAUCAAGAAAACAACGAAUGAACCUAACUUCGAUUAUUAUGCAAAUGACAAGAAUUAUUUAUUCAACCCAAUAUUUGACAAGGAAUUUUUAUUGAAGACUCUUGAACUGCAGAGAGAACUAACAUCACUUAAAGCCGUUUUAGAUGGUCAAACAGUUGAAUUGACUGAUAUCUGUUUCAGUCCUCUAGCCAAUGGUAAAUGUGCUGUUCAAAGUGUCAUUGGUUGGUUCCAAACUAACGUUACUCGGCUCGAAGAUGAUCCUGUUACAAACUAUUCUUAUCUUGAUCACAUUAUUUCUUGUCUUGGUAACCCAUUUGCUCCUGAUGAUAAUUUGAAGCCAUUUCACUAUCCUUGUUUGGGUGAAUAUGGAGGCCCAGCUUUACCUAAAGUUGCACUAGGAGGUUUCAAUAUCGCUGAUUCCCAAAAAGAUGCUGCUGAUGCUUAUACUCAGGCAACAUCACUUGUGAUUACAAUUUUGAUCAAUAAUCAUGCCGAUAAGAGUCAAAAUAAAAAAGCAGAAGCGUGGGAACAAGUGUUUUUGGAUUACUUGCAUUCAUUCAAUCAUACUAGAUUUCCUGAUUUUGAUAUUGCUUAUUUUUCAGAGAGAUCAGUGCAAGAUGAAAUCAAUCGUCAAAGCUUACACGAUGUAUUACUUAUCAUUGCGAGUUACCUGAUAAUGUUUGCUUAUGUAUCUUUGACUUUGGGUAGAAUCUCUCGAAAAAGUGAUUUUUUUGUUCACUCAAAAAUUAGUUUGGGUCUCAUCGGUAUAACAAUCGUUAUUGCCAGCGUUAUAUCAUCUAUUGGUUUGAUGAUUCUUCUAGGGUUUAAUUUAACCCUUAUCAUUGUAGAGGUUAUUCCCUUUUUGGUUUUGGCUGUUGGAGUAAAUAUUUUCAUUCUCGCUCAACACAUACACGUAAAAAUUAUUCAAAAAUCAAAAUUAAUCAAAAAUUAAUGAAAAUUUAUUUUUCCUUUCUUUUUUCAUUGAUAGCGUUAUAAUCCUAAACAAAAUGAGUCUUCUGAAGAUCAAGUAGCUAAGGUUUUGGGAAAAUGUGGACCAUCUAUUCUUAUGGCUUUUUCCUGCGAAGUUACAUGUUUCUUUAUCGGAGCUUUAUCAACUGUGCCCGCUAUCAGAAUGUUUGCAUUGAAUGCUGCUUUAGCUCUUCUAAUCGGCUUUUUACUACAAAUGAGUGUCUUCAUUGCUGUUUUAUAUCUUGAUUUGGAGAGACAAAAAUCAUCUAGAUUUGAUAUUCUAUGUUGCUUCAAAUCAUCUAAAGCCAACGAUCCUGAUCCAAUUGAUGAUAUUGAAGUUGGAUUACUUCACAAAAAUUUUAGAGAUCAUUAUGCACCAUUCCUCAUGAAAGACAAAGUUCGUUUAUUUAUAUCCAUUGGUUUUACUCUUUGGGUUUGCUCUUCUAUUGCUGUCGUAAACAAAAUUGAAAUUGGUUUGGACCAAGAACUAUCAAUGCCUCAUGAUUCUUACGUCCUUAAAUAUUUCAAAGCCCAGAAAAAUGAUUUACGCGUCGGACCUCCUGUUUAUUUUGUUGUUGGUGGCAAAUUUGAUUAUUCUGAUAACUUUCAUCAACAAGUUAUAUGUGGAACCAGUUACUGUAGCGAAAAUUCCCUUUUUAAUCAAAUCAGUCAAGCAUCUCACGAACCCGAAUCUAGUUACAUUGUUGACUCUCCUGCCUCAUGGCUUGAUGAUUACUUCGAUUGGGCUGUAACAUCAUCUUGUUGCCGACUUUUCAAAAAUGAUACAAAUCGCUUCUGUCCAUCUACAUUAACAGAUAUUAACCGAAACAAUGAAUGCAAGAAAUGUCAGAUUGAAGGCGAUGAUGAAAUGAUAAAGUCUACUCAAUUUUACAAGUUUCUACCUGAUUAUCUAUCAGAUAUACCAACUACAUCUUGCCCUAAAGCUGGCCGUGCUGCUUAUGGAUCUUCUGUAAAAUUAGAUGAAAAUAAUAAUGUAUUGGCUAGUCACUAUAGUUCCUAUCAUUCACCUCUAGUCAAAUCAAGUGAUUUUAUCGAAGCAAUGAAAAGUGCUCGUUUCUUAGCAUCAAAUAUUGAACGAGCAAUAUCAACUGCUCUAAAGCCAGGCGAAGAAGUUAAAGUAUUUCCAUAUUCUCUUGUCUACGUUUAUUACGAGCAAUACCUUACUAUCUAUGGUGAUUCCAUCCGAAGUCUUGCUUUAUCAAUUACAGCUAUUUUCUUGGUAUCCUUUGUUUUAUAUGGAUUUGAUAUUCGAGCAUCACUGAUUGUCGUUUUCACCAUUAUAUGUAUCGUAAUCAAUCUUAUGGGAAUGAUGUAUUGGUGGGACAUUUCACUGAAUGCCUUGUCUUUGGGAAAUCUCGUUAUGGCUUCUGGUAUUUCAGUUGAAUUUUGUUCACAUAUAACUCAUGCUUACCUAAUGAGUAAUGACGCAAGUCGUGUUAAACGAUCACAAGAAGCAUUGGCUACAAUGGGUUCAUCUGUUUUAUCUGGAAUCACAUUGACUAAAUUUGCAGGUGUUGUGGUAUUAGCCUGGGCAACAUCACAAAUUUUUGUUGUAUUUUAUUUUCGAAUGUAUUUCGGUAUCGUUAUUAUUGGAGCUCUUCAUGGUCUUGUUUUACUACCAGUACUGUUGAGUGUAUUUGGAGGUAAACCAAAGCUGAGCAGUUCAUUUCCAAAUGAAAUUUAAUCAUGAUUUUUUUAUUGAAUUAAACAUAUUUUCAACUGGUGUGAUUA